GUGAAGCCCAUCAGCCGCGGCGCCUUCGGGAAGGUGUACCUGGGCCGCAAGGCAGGCCGGCUCUAUGCCGUGAAGGUGAUGAAAAAAGCAGACAUGAUCAACAAAAAUAUGGUUCACCAGGUGCAGGCAGAGAGGGAUGCACUGGCUCUCAGUAAAAGUCCUUUCAUUGUGCACUUAUACUACUCACUUCAGUCAGCAAACAACAUCUAUUUAGUGAUGGAGUACCUUAUUGGUGGAGAUGUCAAAUCUCUUCUCCAUAUUUAUGGAUAUUUUGAUGAAGAAAUGGCUGUUAAGUAUAUUUCUGAAGCAGCAUUGGCUCUUGACUAUCUUCAUAGGCAUGGAAUAAUCCACAGGGAUUUGAAGCCAGACAAUAUGCUCAUUUCUAAUCAGGGACAUAUCAAGUUGACAGACUUUGGGCUUUCCAGAGUUACUCUGAACAGAGAGAUAAAUAUGAUAGAUAUCCUUACUACCCCAUCAAUGGCAAAACCAAAACAGGACUACUCACGUACUCCAGGACAAUUGUUGUCUCUUAUCAGUUCUCUGGGCUUUUAUACUCCUCCUGUAGGAAUGAAAGUGCCAGGGCACAAAUCGAGUCCAACGUCUGACAGUCCACAUGGAGCAGUUUCUCCUGUACCUGUGGCCCAAAAGGAAAAUACCCCUCUUUCAACUAAAUUGUUCAAAACACAUCUGGAUAAUUCGCAAUUAACUCCUGUGAUGCCAGCGAGGAGUUUAACUCCUACUCUGCUUCAGUCAAGAAACAGGUUUGGUGCCUCCAGUGUCAGUAGUCAGUCUCUCACACACCUGUCCAGUGUGGAAUCAGAAAAGUGGAGCAGCCCCAGGUGCGGGAAAGGUGUAGAGCAAAGUGAAGAUGAACCUCGUUCUACAACAUGCAAAACCAGUAACAGUGGGUCAGCUCUCCCUUCAAAUGCUAUGUUGCCAAAUAGCAAAGGUGUUGAAGUUUUCAAGGAGAAAGAACUUGAGUCUGCCAUUUCUCCCAUUGCCAGCAAUGAGUCUGGCAGUAGGCAGAAGCUGGGAAGUGAACAUUUGGGUAUAACAGAUACUCCUGUGAGCACUCUGGAUGUGAAAGGCAUAGCAAGAAAGUGUAUUUCUGAAAAUAAGAUUUGGAAAGAAAAAGUCUUUGUAAAUAAAAGAGAGAUGAUUUAUGAAACAGCGGAGACUUCCAGACUACAACAGUCACUUUCAAGGCAGAAUGAACCUGUCAAAGAGGAAGUAAUGUUUGAAAAGCCAGGUGUAAAAAGAAGCUUUGAAUCAGUUGACACUAGUCCUUGUCAGGAACUUAACUAUGUUAAAAAAAGCAAUGCAGAAUAUAAACGUGGCUGUCAGAUCUCAGAAUUUCCAGGAAACAAAGGGACAGGUUUGACAACAGAAAUUCAAUCCUUAAUGCUUUGUAAUGAUGGAUGCCUAUGUGACACCUGUGAAAGCAAGGAAGAAGUGAAGAGUUUUAUUAGUAACCAGGAAACAGUAGAAAGAUCGCUUACUCCAACUGUAGCUAAAAAUCUUAUGUGUGAUCUGGAUGCAGACUGCGGAAAGGAUGAUGAAAAGGAGUACAUGAACUCAAGUUUUUUAGUCACUGAUGAUGAAAAACCUUUAGAUGUCUUCAGUGCAGAUUCUGAUUUACUUCCUGAAGUGUCUGUUACAGAAAGCCAUCUAGAAAAACAGCUUUUAGAUUUGGACAGAAGUGUUAAAGAUCUCUCCUUUGAGGAACCAAAACCUGAAGGUGCGUUUAUAACAUCACCAGAGUCCCGAGAUGCCUCACAGUAUGGAGAGAAGGCACAUACAGUCCAGGACUGCAAGCCAUUACAUCAGAAAAAGGAUAAUGACCAGAAACACAUGGAAGAAACUUACCUUGAGGCAGUAUCUUCUCCUUCAGAAAAGAUGAAGGAAGCACUGAGUCUCUUAAAAAAAAAUGCUGUUGUUUUUCGGAGUUAUAAUAGUCCAAUCAAUCUAUCCAAUAUAUCUGAGCCAUGCAGCAUGGCUUCCUUAGAUAUAAUGGAUCUUUCACCUGCUUGCAGUGGCUCUUACCCAACAACUCUCACUCCAUUACAGAAAGGAAGAUCAUACCAGGUCUAUCAGACCCCGUAUCAAGGGGACGCUGGCACACCGUACCGGACUCCAAAGAGUGUUCGAAGAGGAGCUGCUCCCGCAGAAGGUGAACGCAUCCUGGGGACCCCAGACUACCUGGCACCUGAGCUGCUUUUGACACAGCCUCAUGGGACUCUGAUCUCUGGUUCUGCUGUAGACUGGUGGGCCCUUGGAGUUUGUCUGUUUGAGUUUCUAACUGGAAUUCCACCUUUUAACGAUGAAACACCAACACAGGUCUUCCAAAAUAUUUUGAAAAGAGAUAUUCCCUGGCCUGAGGGUGAAGAAAAGCUGUCUGAUAAUGCCCAGAAUGCAAUAGAUCUCCUUCUAACAAUUGACACUACUAAGAGAGCUGGACUGAAGGAACUGAAGCAUCACCCCCUCUUUCAUGGGGUGGACUGGGACAAUCUCCAGAACCAAACCAUGCCAUUUAUACCCCAGCCAGAUGAUGAGACUGACACCUCUUACUUUGAUGCUAGAAACAAUGCUCAGCACCUGACUGUGUCUGGAUUUAGCUUAUAGCAUCAAGAUAAGUGAACAUUCUCCAUGAUUUUGCACACUUACAGGUUGUCUUGUAACCCUAGUUUGGUCUUGACUAAGUUUCCUUGAUGAAUUUAGUGUGUUUCAAGUUACCAGUCUAUUUUUAUUAUAGCCUUCUUUAUUCUAAAGUGAAACUACUGUAUGAAACUGGUAUCAAGUGCCUUCAUGCUACUUGUUAUCUCACUGCACCUUACUAAGGGGCCAGAGCAUUGUGUUUCUCGGACCUAAUCACUCUUGGCAAUAAUGGGGCUCUUUAAUAGUAAUUAAUUAUUCCAGUUAGGAACUGUUGCAUUAUUUCCCAGCUAAACAUAAUAGGGAAAGGAUAUAAAGGAAUUGUAAUUGUAUCUAAUUAAUAAUUUACCUAUUGGUGGCUCA